AGUGUUACGCGGACGAGCCUCAGCAAUUAACCGUUUAUAUGCUUUCGCGCGCUUUCAUUAUUUCGUUUGCCCCGCGGUGCGUUUUCAAUUCGGUUAUUUCUUUUACCCUCGCAGUAUUACGUUUUUCUUUCUUCUUACUCGGUCCUAGAAUCAUCACGUAGACGAUUGGCGAAUUGUGCGAAUCUUGGGCUGCAGCAAUUAUCGCCCUAAAAGAGAGUGAUACUGCCUGGCUUGCAGUAACUACAUCGUUAUCGUUGUAUCGUUGCAUACAUUCCCAGGCGAAUGUAACAGGUGCUUCACAUAACUUAGUCUCUCACUUUCAAAAUUGCUGAAAUUUAAUCAAAUAUGAUUCAGCGAGCCAUGAAGCGAGCGUCAUUUAUAUUACCAUUCCUCAUUCUAACUUUGAAUAAAGAAAUCGGUGCUUUCGAUAUACUGUGUAAUUCAGACAAUGAUUGUCUCUUGAUGAUCAAGGCAGCUUAUAAACCAAAAUGUUUCGUACCAUUUUGCCAUUGUCUUUAUCCAGGAAAACUAGAUAAUUACGACCAAUGCACAGAGAAAGAACUUAUUUCCACGCCGAAGUUUCAAGAUGAAGCUGCAAGAAUUGGCAAAGUGGAGAAUUGUACUAAGACGGAAGAUUGUCAAAGAGUGAAAAUGAGCGUCUGCAAGUCUGGCUCGUGCGAGUGUCCAGAUGCCCGCGCGAUGAGCACCGACCGAACAAGCUGCCUUCCGAAAGCUCGGAAUCUCGACGACGAGUGCACCGAGAGCGCCCAAUGCAAGAGCCUCGGCUCGGCCAUCUGCGCCCAGCGUCGCUGUCGCUGUGAGCCAGAGCAUCAUUACACUGCAUCGAGCAAACGAUGCGUUCCUGAUAAAGACAAUGAAUUGGACUCUGCAGAUUCAGGAGCUGCUAUGAAUGAAAUGCAACUGUUCACAUCUUUUAUGAUAUUCUUUUGUAUAAUAUUGUUUAAAAUACAUUAAGAAAUUUGGCUAAUUAUCUUUUCUAUGCUGCUAUUGAAAUUAUUUCUUUAUUGUGAUUGAAUAUUAAGUUUAAUCAAAUUUUUGACUAUUUGUUUGGAAUGAUAGAAUUUGUAAUUUUUUUAAUCACCCAAACAUUGCAAUUUAUGUUACAUACCACAAUACUAAUUUUUAAAUGUUAUUAUUUUUAAUAUUUAUCAAAGUAUAUUUUUUAAAAAGUGUAACGAUAUAAAGAAAUAAAUAAAUUAUAUACUUCCACCAAGAAUUUGAU